AUGUCUGGCGAACGCGAGACAACGCACCCAGUCAACCUCGACACCCUCGAGCCUCAGCAGCUCGCGCAGGUCAAGAAGCAGCUCGACGAGGAGCUCGAGCAUCUGACCCAGUCGUACGCCCAGCUGCACGGCGCCCAGGGCAAGUUCAAGGACUGCCUGCAAUGCGUCCAUGGCCGCUCGGCGGCUUCCGACGGUCAAAACUCGGUCCUGGUCCCCUUGACCAACUCGCUCUACGUCCGCGGCGAGCUCGCAAACUCGGAUGCCGUCUUGGUGGACGUCGGCACCGGCUUCUUGGUGGAAAAGAAACUCAAGUCGGCAGAGCAAUUCUACGAGGGCAAGGUGCAGGAGCUCACGAACAGCCUCAAGGAGCUUGAGGCAAUCGUGCAACGAAAACAGGCAAACGUGAGAUCCGUGGAAGAAGUUCUGGGGCAAAAGCUCAUGGCUGCGCAAAGCCCCCAAGCUUCGGUAGCUGGAUAA